CACAUGCACGAUUAUAUCGGAGUGCGCACUUAUGUAUAUGGUAAUUGGAAACAAAAUGGACGACGCUUUUUACGCAAUGCCUUCAAAGAAAACGUGAGAUUGCACUUGAACUAUAUAAAAUGGAGGACCAGUCUUGUUAUCUCUGAAGCCAAUCAAGGUCAUAUGGACUGACUUAUAAUGCCAUUUAUCAGAAUCGUGGCGAUUUAAAAAAAUAAAAAUUAGAAAUCCGGAAUAUAUUAACCAUGCCGCAUACACACACGCGUCAUGGAUCAUCCGGUGAUGAUUUAGGCAGCACGGAUGAAGUUAAGAUAUUUAAGGAUGAAGGUGAUCGCGAAGAUGAGAAAAUAUCAUCCGAGAACCUUUUAGUCGAAGAAAAGUCAAGUUUAAUUGAUUUAACAGAGAGUGAGGAAAAGAGCAGCAAGACGGUGACACGUCCGGAUCACAGUCCCGUAUUUAGUGAGUAUUCACAAUAUUGUAUAAGCUAA